UUCAGUUCAUCCAACAAGCUUAAAGUGUGUAGUUCGAGCCGACCAAAGAGCGCAAACUCGUGCUUAUCGUAACGACAAAUCAAAUCCAGAAAUCAAAAUGUCAACAAUUCUACUGAGUGACCCCUUCGAGCAUGUCCGCCCGGAUCAACAUUCCGGUUUGGGUCUGGACCCGGAGGAUUUCUUCGUGCCGCUGAUUGCUCACGGACUCCGCCAGCUGAUGGGUUGUCCUGCGGGAUAUCAGAGACCUUGCCAAAAGGAUUCCGGAUCGACCGUCUGCCGCGACAAGGACAAAUUCCAGGUGAAUCUGGACGUGCAGCAGUUCAAGCCGGAAGAAAUCAGCGUGAAGGUGGCCAAAAACGUCGUCACGGUGGAGGGAAAACACGAGGAGAAGGAAGACGAGCACGGGUUGAUUUCGCGGCAUUUCGUGAGGAAGUACGUUUUGCCCGAGGGCCACGACGUGGAUAAAAUCGAGUCGAAGUUGUCGACGGACGGGGUGCUCACGAUAACAGCGCCCAGGGUUAAGGCUGCUGUGGAGGAAGGAAGGAGUGUUCCGGUUAUCCAGACGGGGCAGUCAACCAAGGAGGUGGAGAAGAAGGAAGAAGAAGAAGGAGAAGAACAGAAAUAGGAGUAAUUGUUUUUGAUAGCGACUAUAAUUUAUUUAAUUUACAUUAGUUUUCUAUGGUAGUUAUGGUAACUGUUAGUACUUACAAGACUGAGUAUUGUCAUGUAUGUGUAGUUAAUCCACAGUAGCCCUUUGUUGUAUUUAAUUUCAUAAAGUUUUUUCACUGUAA